AUGGCUGACCCGUUUGCACCGAGAUCGAUGAAGCGCAAAAAUGUCAAGGGACUUGCCUUGACACCUGCGGCCCCGCGACCCCCGCCAACUGCGGAGAGCUGGGUCGGCGCUGAUGGCGGCAGAGACGACAACAAAGACGAGCAGCUUGAGAUUGGUAUCGAGUACAAGCUAGAUCUGAGGCCGGAGGAUCUGGAAAUUAUGAAGGAGCUCGGAUCUGGAAAUGGAGGCACUGUGAGCAAGGUCAAGCAUCUUACCACAGGUACCGUAAUGGCUCGAAAGGUGAUCCAUGUCGAGGCGAAGAAGGAAAUGCGCAAGCGAAUUGUUCGAGAACUUCAAAUCAUGCACGGAUGCCACUCUGACUACAUCGUCAAUUUUUAUGGCGCAUUCCUCAACAGCAAUAACGAUGUGAUCAUGUGCAUGGAGUACAUGGAUGUGGGGUCGCUGGACCGAGUUUCAAGAGUCUUUGGACCAGUUCGAGUCGAUGUCCUUGGAAAAAUUGCGGAAGCCACUCUGGGAGGCUUGACCUAUCUCUAUUCGAAACACCACAUUAUGCACCGGGAUAUCAAGCCGUCCAAUAUUCUGGUCAACUCUCGAGGAUCUAUCAAGCUAUGCGACUUUGGUGUUUCUGGAGAACUUAUCAACUCGAUUGCAGACACAUUCGUUGGAACGUCAACAUACAUGGCUCCAGAGCGUAUUCAAGGCGAAAAGUACACAGUAAAAUCGGAUGUUUGGAGUUUUGGAUUAACCGUCAUGGAGCUUGCCAUCGGCAAAUUCCCAUUCGGGUCGAGCGAACAGCUUUCUGACGAAGACUGUGCCCCUGCUGGCAUUCUGGAUCUGUUACAACAAAUUGUGCAUGAACCAGCACCACGCCUGCCGAAGAGUGAUGCAUUCCCCAGCAUUCUUGAAGAUAUGAUUCAGAAAUGUCUCUAUAAACAACCUGAGCAGAGACCAACGCCUCAGGAGCUUUAUGACCGUGACCCCUUUGUCCAAGCCGCCAAGAGAACUCCCGUAGAUCUCCGAGAAUGGGCAUUUGGGCUGAUGGAGAGAGAUAACCGCAAGUCUCACCUCGCACCCCAGCUAUCACCAGCAACACAAGACCUCCUUCGAUCUACCGACUCCCCGACCUACCAUACACAACACGAGGACCGUACGAUACCGACGCCAACCUCUGGUGAAAUCCCCAUCGGUGGAGCAGGAAUCAUCUCACCCCGCGAUCAGCCUAGUCGAUCACCAAGCAGAAACGGCACUGGCAACAACAGCAGUAGGACUCCUAUAGGGGCGCCGCAUCCAGGAAUGGGGAUUAGAGUGGCCACAACAAACUCUGUGCCUCAAACAUCACAGUACGCCGAGCCCUCGGGACCAGCCAGCGCAAGUGCGGCAACGUUCAGUCUACCUGUCCGUCCAGGUCCUCCAGGAAACCCGAUGCCACCUCCACUGGCAAGACGACAGACGCCAGACGAUUUCCGCAGAGAGACUCGGCGACAAGCCACAUUCGGCCUGCCUCCUAACCCGAGCCCAAGUUAUGGAUUAUAG